AUGGCACCAGCCUCAGCCCGUGCAUCUCAGCACCUACUGUCCUCUCCGGCGGAGGCUCGUCCAAAUGUCUCAACCCUGGCGGCUCAGCAGCUCCCUCGACCGACGUCUCCCAGCGACACGCCCAACGCUGCCGUCGCGGAAGGAACGCAGCCGGAAAUAAUCCCGAAUGGCCCUGGUUCGACCGGGUCUACGGAAAAUGCACCUGUCUCCAUCAUCGAAGCGGCUACAAAGAUCGCUCGCGACCAAACGGCAGCCCAUGAUGCCAAGCUGGCAGUCUUUCGGGCCUUUAGCGAAUCAUUCGAACAGACAGCCAAACAAUUCACGUCCGGCUCCCACAAUAGCAUCGCAAAGCAAGUUGCCACCAAGUUUCUGAACCUCUGGACUCAAUCGCUCGCCGACCUUGAGGAACCACCGAAACCUACGUACAGCAGCGUUCUCGCAUCCGGCAAAACGACACAAGGACAGCUGGCCAUUACGGCCUCCGCCCCACCACAGCGAAAACAGCAAACCACCACUCGUCUCCAAGGACGACCGCCCGUGGCCCCACCCAAGGAAGACCUGCGUGUCUUUGUCCGACUUGACGCCGAUGCUCCGGCCCGAAACCAUGAAAGAUACGCUAUCCGGGCCCACAUCGCCGCUAGAGUCGGCAUCGACCUACGCCGCAUCCCGGCAGCCUUCCCGGUAAACACGGGUUGGGCCAUCCUGGCAUCGGAUGUGGCCACGCGCGAACUACUCGUGCAGCGACAGGCGGAUUGGGCCGUAGAUCUGGACGCGACGGCCGUAGAGAUUAGCCAGAAAUGGCAUUCCCAAGAAUGCACCGCCCUCGAGCAGUGUGCAAACUGCCUUGGACCCCAUUGCGCGGAUGACCCCAAAUGCCCUGCCCGCCCCAAGCGCGUUCACGGCAUGGUCCGGCGCCUGACGAAGGAGGAGAAGAGCCUGGUACGGCAGAUGGGAGUUCAGCUCUCUGCGCAGCAGAAGCGGCAGACUCCAAAGGCCAGAGUGUCCGACCAGUCUAAUCAGAGCCCUGGCAGGCCGCAGAUACUUUCCUUGGAGUCAACGGCGCCGCGGGCAGCUGGAGGAGAUGGAAGCUCCGACAUGGGCGCCAUUUACGAGCCAGCCGCGCCGUCAACCCCAUGCAUCGUUGUGGCCACAACGCCGCCGCAUUCCUGUGACGCUACCCUAAUGCCUCGCUGUUUUCCACGCAAUCGAAGCGAUAGGAGGAUCUUGCGAAUCUUCCAAGCCAACGUAGGCAAGAUUCCGCCGGCACACGAUUGUGCCCUUGCGUUGGCCGACUCGGAACAAUACGACAUUAUUUUGUUGCAGGAGCCAUGGACAGGACUGAAAGAUGGCCGAUGCCUCACUAAGACGCAUCAGGCCUACGACACCUUCUCACCCGUCAACGACUGGGACGGCCGCGACACUCGCCCGAGAGUCAUGACAUACGUCCGGCGUUCCGCAGGUCUCGUCGCUGAUCAAAAGAGACCUGCGGCGACUCGUGACAUCCUUUGGCUCACCGUCAACGGCAUAACAGUCGUCAACUUCUAUCGGCAGCCGUACCACGACGGAGCCCUUGAAAUCUUGCUUCAGUGGACCGUACCGGACAAGUGUCUUGUUGCUGGUGAUUUCAAUGCCAAACAUCCCAGCUGGCAGGCCGGUCGACGAGAGGACCGCGGCGAAGAAAUAGCGUUUUGGGCAAUGGACAAUCGACUCGGCUUACUGAAUCCUGUCGAUGUCCCGACCAACGCACACGGCAAUACGGUUGAUCUCGCCUUCUGCAACAUACCUCUGGCCGACGCUGUUGUCGAGGAUCAUCUAGCAACCGGCUCCGAUCAUUUUACCCUUAGUAUCACGCUGCCAGGACAAGUUCUGGCACCCCUUCCAAUAGGAAAGAUCCAUCUCAACUCCGACGAGGAAUUGAAGCGAUUCAUUGAAUUAGUGGAGGCCGGUGCCGCCUUCAUCCCGAUCACCACGGCAUCUCCUUCCGAGCUCGACAGCUUUGCGUCGGCGCUCGUGAACCUUCUUGGUUGUGCAGCCAGAGCUGCCGGUCGACCUGCCCCUAGCCAAGAGGAGCUCCAUAGCGUGGUGCGCCGGGCCAAGCGCCUUUACUGGCGUAACUUGAUUGACAGCUUCACCGAUAGCGCCUCCGUCUUCAGGGCGGUCCGCUGGCUGAAGUCUCCAGGUCCGUUUCAAGCUCCUCCCCUGCAAAUUGACGACCGAGUGUAUGAGACGCAGCUGGAAAAGGCCACCGCCUUGCGACAAGCCACUCUGGAACGGCGCACGGCGAACGACGACAUCCCAGAUCCGUGGAUCUCCGUGAACACAGAUAGGACGAUACCCUUCACCGACCGAGUCUCUCCGGAGGAGACCCGCGACGCCACGCUACGCACCGGGAAUACGUCCCUGGUCCCGACAAUAUUACGGUGCGGAUGCUCCGCGCUGUCUGGCAUGCGAUCGGAAGUCUCGUCCACCAGCUAUAUCAAGGCUGCCUCAGGAUUGGCCACCAUCCGAAGCCCUUCCGAGAAGCAGAAGUGGUCAUGA